UUUCAGGAGCGCUGCCAAGUGAACUCGUCUUCACUGAUGAUGUGUCGUUCUCCCACUGUUAACUCCUCCAUCCUGGGGUCAAAGGUCACAGUGCAGUUUCUGCUCGACAACCUGUGCUUUGACUUCAGCGCUCUGAACUCUCAGGCCUUCAGCUACGAGCUCGACCCGGUUCUGGAGCCCCUGAACCAGCUGGAGCCUAUGAAGGCGUACCGCUACAACCCCGGCAGUUUCAUCCAGCUGGAG